GGUGGCGCUGUAAACAUUAACAAGGCUGAAAGAUCCACAACAGCAGAAGAUACCAGAUCAGGUCUCACUGAUCUAAUCAUCUCGAUGGGAAAAGAUUUAUCACAAGGCUCCAAAUUAUUGGAUCGAAUCGGAUUAAAAAUAAUUGUAAUUAUUUACAAUUGUAAUUGUGUCUGUAUUUGAGAAUGUACAUUGCGUUCUGCUUUAAAUCCUGAGAAACACGGCCAUUUAAAGCUCCUAAUGAGAACUUUAAAAGGAGCCAGCGGAGGUCCGACCUUGCUGUCCUAGAAAACCUCCAUGAACACAAACCCCCACAGCCACGAUCCAACAUCUAGUGGAAAAGACCUCCAGAAUUAUUGAGCUCAUUAUAACAGCAAAGGAAGUGGAUGUUCAACAAGGACAUGAAUGCGAUGGACAGUCACGACACUUUGACCUUAUCUAUUCGUAAUCGUACUCCUUCACUGUCCCGGUACCUCAGUGAUGAAACUCUGCACUCUUAGCAGCCGUUUGUGGAAGAGUGCAAAUGGAACCUUUUACAGUCCCUGGUGUAGAGACAUCCGAGUCUGUGGGACACGUCACAGACCUCCAGAAAGAUCUAAAAAUGGAAGAAUCAUACGUUUGUGAUGGGACAUCAAACGCUGUGGAGAACAAAGUCCAACUGAAUGGAGGAUUUCAAAGGAAGCAAGUAAAAGAGGAAGAUUCUGAGGAUGAACAUUACCCCAAUACGAUGGAAACGGACGCCGCACAAGUCGUGUCCUGCUCCUGGUGUUCACUUUCUUGUACAUCUCAAAUUUACCUCCACAAACACAUCAAAAGUUGCCACAAUAACGAAUAUGAGAAUUUAAGAUCAGGAGAGAUAAAAUACGGAACUCCGAAUCAUACAAUAAUCAGCUGUAUUCAGCAAACGGGUAAUAAUUCAGGUGGUGCCUCGGAUCAGCGGUCGGAGAGAGACGUCUAUCCCUGCUCACAGUGUGGGACGAGUUUCAGUGACCGGAGUAAUCUCAGACGACACCAGUACAUUCACACGGGGGUGAAACCACAUCGCUGUUCAUGGUGCGGAAAAUGUUUUAUUCAGAGGAGAGAUCUCAGUGAACACCAGGUCGUUCACACGGGUGAGAAGCCGUAUCACUGCUCAGAGUGCGCCAAGAGUUUUUCUCGACAACGUGAUCUCCAAACACACCGACGCAUUCACACGGGAGAAAAGUUGUUUCGCUGUUCGGAGUGUUUAAGAAGUUUUAAUCGACAGAGUAAUCUUCUACAGCACCAGGUGGUUCACACGGGAGAGAAACCGUAUCACUGCUCACGGUGCUGGAAGAGUUUUACUCGACAGAGUAAUCUUAUACAACAUCAAAUCAUCCACACAGGGGACAGACUUUAUAAAUGCUCGCAGUGUGGCAAGAGUUUUAUUCACCAAAGUUAUCUCCAAAGACACCAGUGCGUUCACACGGGAGAGAAACCGUAUCACUGCUCACGGUGCGGGAAGAGUUUUACCCGACAGAUGGAUGUCCGACGACACCAGCUUGGUCACACAGGAGAGAAGCCGUUUCAGUGCUCACAGUGUGGGAAGAGUUUUACCAGACAGAGUACUCUUAAAUCCCACUGGCACAUUCACACCGGACAGAAGCCUUAUGACUGCUCAGAGUGCGGGAAGAGUUUUACUCGACAUAGCGAUCUCCAGAGACACCGACGUGUUCACACUGGAGAGAAGCCGUAUCGCUGCUUACAUUGUGGGAAGGGUUUUACUCGACACAGUACGCUUGAAGCACACCAGAUCAUUCAUGGAGUUCAAGUCAUACAGUUAGAAAUUUGAUUGCUGAAAUAUGUAUCUGAAUAUUAUUAAUACAUUUUGAUGUGUAUGACGAAUAGAUUAAAAUGUUCCUGUAUACAGGAAAAUGUGUAUUGUU